GAUAAUCGAUCAGGAAGCUAAUCAGUGACACAACUCACUUCACCCUCAUCCUCAUCAUCAGUUGCUAGCAAACCAAGCUAACAAGCCAUAGCUGUGCCUGCGACGAUGGGGGUCCCUGUGCAGAUGAGGCGCCGGGCGGUGUUGAGGGCCCCGCCAGCGUCCACCCGCGGCGGCGGGAGGACGUCCCCGCUCACCACCUUCGACCGCGCCUCCACGGACGGCUACAUCCCGGUCGUCUUCGCCUGGAACGCGCCGGCGCCGGAUAACGGCGCGAUCGUGGACGGCCUCCUCGCCGCCGUCGCGAGGUACCCGCACCUCACGGGGCUGAUGGGCGUCGACGACCGUGGCAGGAAGUGCUUCCUCCUCAACGACGCCGGGGUGCUCGUUGUCGAGGCCGAAGCCGACGCGGACCUCGCCGAAGCGCUGGCGCCCGACGUGGCCGCGCACACCAACGAUCUGUACCCCAAGGCUGACAAGGAACGUGCCGACGAGCCGCUCCUCCAGGUGCAGCUCACGCGGUACCGGUGCGGCGGGCUGGUGAUCGGCACCGUGUGCCAGCACCUGGUCGCCGACGGGCAGUCCAUGAGCUUCUUCUACACCGCAUGGGCCACCGCCGUGCGCACCAGCUCAGCGACCCUCCCUUCGCCUGUCACCGACCGUGCGGCCAUCGCCGUCCCCCGCAGCCCACCAGUGCUGAAGUUCGAUCACCGGAACAUCGAGUUCAAUGGAGAGCACAGCCCAAGCCGCUCCUAUGCUGUGCUCCCGAUGGACAGGAUCAAGAAUUUUGCGGUGCACUACCCGGAGGAGUUCAUCACCGACCUCAAGGCCCGCGUCGGCGGGAGGUGCAGUACGUUUCAGUGCCUCCUCGCGCACGCGUGGAAGAAGAUCACGGCAGCGCGGGACCUGGCGCCGGAGGAGCUGACGCAUGUCAGAGUCGCCGUGAACUGCAGGAGCCGGGCCAACCCUCCAGUGCCCUUGGAGUUCUUUGGCAACAUGGUGCUGUGGGCGUUCCCGCGGAUGCGCGCCCGGGACCUGCUGUCAUCGAGCUACGCCGCGGUGGUCGGCGCCAUCCGUGACGCCGUGGCGCGCAUCGACGCCGAUUACAUUCAGUCAUUCAUCGACUUAGGGGAGCUGGCGGAACGCGCCGGAGAGGAGCUGGAGUCAACGGCGGCGACGCCGGGCACGGCAUUCUGCCCGGACCUGGAGGUGGACAGCUGGCUGGGGUUCAGGUUUCACGACCUCGACUUCGGCGGCGGGCCGCCGUGCGCGUUCCUGCCACCGGACCUGCCCAUAGAAGGGAUCAUGAUCUUCGUGCCGUCGUGCUCCGCCAAGGGCGGCGUCGACCUUUUCAUGGCGCUCGACGAUGAGCACGUCGAGGCCUUCAAGCAGAUCUGCUACAACAUGGACUGAUCGAUCACGCCUAAGUAUAUAUGUACGUACAACUGUACGUAUGUGAUGUGUAUUGUAUGUAUGCUGUAUUUUUAUCAACAACAAUGUUAGCAAUACUGCAUGGAUUAUUCUACGAAUCAACGGAUGUCGCGCGCCGUACGCGAUUGGAAUAUGUACAUUUUAUCAUAUACAUA